CCUCGGCUCGCAGAGCGCGGAGCGCAGAGCGCCCGGGGCGUCUGCAGGGAUUGGGGUGCGCCAGCCCCGCGCCCCCGCCAUGCGUCCCCCGCGCCCCUCCGGCGCGCUGCUCGCCAUCCUGGGCACGCUUUGGGCGGCGGCGCUCGCGGCCGCCGAGGCCCCACACCUGGUGCGCGUGGACGCGGCCCGCGCGCUGCGGCCCCUGCGGCCCUUCUGGAGGAGCACCGGCUUCUGUCCCCCACUGCCGCAUGGCCAGGCCGACCGGUAUGACCUCAGCUGGGAUCAGCAGCUCAACCUGGCCUACGUGGGUGCCGUUCCUCACAGCGGCAUCGAGCAGGUUCGGACCCACUGGCUGCUGGACCUCAUCACGGCCAGGGGGCUGGCCGGGCAGGGCCUGCGCUACAACUUCACCCACCUGGAUCGGUACCUGGACCUUCUCAGGGAGAACCAGCUUGUCCCAGGCUUUGAGCUGAUGGGCAGCCCCUCUGGACGCUUCACUGACUUCGAGGACAAGCAGCAGGUGUUCGAGUGGAGGAAUCUGGUCUCUCUCCUCGCCAGGAGAUACAUCGGUAGGUAUGGCCUGGAGCAUGUUUCCAAGUGGAAUUUUGAGACAUGGAACGAACCAGACCACCACGACUUUGACAACGUGUCCAUGACCUUGCAAGGCUUCUUGAACUACUACGACGCCUGUUCCGAGGGUCUGCGAGCAGCCAGCCCGGCUCUGCGCCUGGGCGGCCCUGGAGACGCCUUUCACACGCCGCCGCGCUCGCCGCUCUGCUGGGCCCUCCUGGGGCACUGUAACAACGGCAGCAACUUCUUCACCGGGGAGGUGGGUGUGCGGCUGGACUACAUCGCCCUGCACAAGAAGGGCGCGGGCAGCUCCAUCUCCAUCCUAGAGCAAGAGGCGGCGGUCGUGCAGCAGAUACAGCGGCUCUUCCCCAAGUUCACGGACACCCCCAUUUACAACGACGAGGCCGACCCGCUGGUGGGCUGGUCCCUGCCGCAGCCCUGGAGGGCCGACGUGACCUACGCGGCCAUGGUCGUGAAGGUCAUCGCGCAGCACCAGAACCUGCUGCUGGCGAACGCCAGCUCGGCCGUCCGCUACGCGCUCCUGAGCAACGACAACGCCUUCCUGAGCUACCACCCGCACCCGUUCUCCCAGCGCACGCUCACCGCGCGCUUCCAGGUCAACAACACGCGCCCGCCGCACGUGCAGCUGCUGCGCAAGCCGGUGCUCACCGCCAUGGCGCUGCUGGCCCUGCUGGACGGCGAGCAGCUCUGGGCCGAGGUGUCGCGGGGCGGCACGGUGCUGGACAGCAACCACACGGUGGGCGUCCUGGCCAGCGCCCACCGCUCCACUGGCCCGGCCGACGCCUGGCGCGCCACGGUGCUGGUCUACGGGAGCGAUGACACCCGCGCCCACGCCAACCGCACGGUCCCCUUGAUUCUGAGCCUGCACGGGGUGCCCCCAGGCCCCGAGGUCGUCUUUGUCCAGCUGUACGUGGACAACUGGCUCUGCAGCCCCUACAGCGAAUGGCGGCGCCUGGGCAGGCCGGUCUUCCCCUCGGCGGAGCAGUUCCGGAGCAUGCGCGCGGCCGAGGACCCUGUGGCCGUGAAGCCGCGCCCCUUCCCCAGCAGCGGCCGCCUGACGCUGAGCCCUCCGCUGGCUCUCCCCUCGCUGCUGCUGGUGCACGUGUGCGCGCGCCCCGAGGAGCCGCCGGGCCAGGUGACUCGGCUGCGUGCUCUGCCCCUGACCCGCGGGCAGUUGCUUUUGGUCUGGUCGGAUGAGCGUAUGGGCUCCAAGUGCCUGUGGACCUAUGAGAUCCAGUUCUGCCCAGAGGGUGGGGUGUUCGCUCCCAUCAGCAGGAAGCCUUCAACAUUUAACCUGUUCGUGUUCAGCCCAGACACAGCUGUGGUCUCCGGCUCCUAUCGGGUUUGUGCUGUGGACUACUGGGCCCGACCAGGCCCCUUCUCCAGCCCCGUGCGGUACCUGGAGGCCCCUGCCUCUUGAGGGCCUCUGCUGCCCAGCGACUGGGCCUGUGCUGACCGUGAGCCUGGGCGGCCAGGAGCCAGGCUGAGCCCAACUGCCAGCAGCCUGCCAGCCAGUCCUCCCCUCUGCUGGUCCCCUCCCACCCCUCACUCGCCCCCUUAAAGGGCCUUACCGCUCACGGUCUUGGGGACAGCCUUCAUGGUGGGCACUGGGACACGCGGCCUAGCUGAGGCACGGCCAUCCCCGCCGGCCCACCAGAGGCCUCUGCCCACCCGUGGGAGCCGGGAUUCCGCUUGGGUGGGAUGCGGACCCCAGGGCCCCACUGUUACCAGUCGCCUCUUUAAAGGCCCCUACUCCAGACAGCACUCACAUUCUGAGGUCCUGGGGGUAAGGACGUCAGUGUUUGAACUUGGGGAGGUAGUUUGCCUGCAGCAAGCCCUGAGCCUGUUCUCUGUGGUGGGAACACCACACCCCAGCAUUAAAGCAGCCUCUUCUCCA